CUGCAGUAUCUUCCGCUGACCACUAUGGUUACAUUGGCGCCGUGAUACGCACAAUUGUCGUUUCAUUGAAUCACUUUUUGAACAAGCAGAGGAGAAAUUAAAUAAAUCCCCUGCCAUCAUGAAACUCGUUAGAUUUUUGAUGAAGUUGAGCCAUGAAACGGUCACAAUUGAACUGAAGAAUGGAACCCAAGUACACGGCACAAUAACAGGUGUGGACGUGAGCAUGAACACGCACCUGAAAGCCGUCAAGAUGACCCUGAAGAACAGGGAGCCCUCGCAGCUGGAGUCGCUGAGCAUACGCGGCAACAACAUCCGAUACUUCAUCCUGCCAGACAGCCUUCCUCUCGACACACUGCUGGUGGACAUUGAGCCCAAAGUCAAGGCCAAGAAGAGGGAAGCUGCUGCGGUGGCCAGCCGUGGACGAGGUCGCGGAAGAGGAAGAGGCAGAGGAAGAGGACGCGGCAGAGGCGGACCCAGGAGAUGAUCUGUCACGCCUCGCUCUGUGUUUUUGGAUGUUAAGGACUUUUGUUUGUACAGAUCUUUUGGAGGGUUUUUUUGUUGACUACUUCUGAGGUUGCUUUCCCUGUUUUUGUCUGCUCAUAUUUUGUUUUGGCAUAAUUUUUUUGUAAAUUAAAACCAUGUCUUAGGUAAAAACUGA